AGAGGGGAUCGGUGUGUUUUAAACGGCAUUUCAGCGCAGCUCAGCAUCGUCGAGACAUGAAUGGACGUUAAUGUGCACGCGUGAAAAUGUCGCUAAAAAUCGCGAAAGCGGAGUGUUUGGAGUUUAGUCCGACUUUUGAUUCUCACAGUAGUCGGGGUGAAACAGGAAAGGAAAAUAAUAAUUCAAUUCCCGUACUGACUUUAGUUCAGUUUUCGAGGUCUCCUUUCGUGUCAUUUGGCACGAUCAAGUUAGGAUCAUCUAAAUCGGUGCCUUUACGGAUUGAAAAUCCCACUGAAGAUGUGUCGGCGACAGUCGUAGUGGAUAAAAUAUCAACAAGCAAAGGCUUUUCAGUUGAUCGGACGUCUUUCACGAUACAGCCUGAAGAUAGCAUUAUCUUAAAUGUCACAUGGACACCAGUGGAUGAAGGUGGAGUUCGUGAGCUCCUCUGCUUUGUUGCAAAUGGCAUUGUCAAACAUCAAGCCAUACUGCUUGGAAAAGCAGAGGCAACCAAAAAGAAAAAGAAAACCCUGUGGGAUUCAAUUAAAUCCAAAAGAGGGGUUCCAGUGCCCUCAAAAGAAAAGAAAUUGGCAUCGGCGUCGAUUAAAGCGGCAAAUAAAACCUUUCACGUGUCUCGGCAGUCUCAAUACAGCAAGGACAGAACAUCGAACCCUUUAUCGCCAUUAAACCGAGAAAGGUCAAUCAAUGGAUCCAAUGCUGUCACGAGAAAAGGACAGUCCUCCCCUCCUCAGAUGAUGCCAAAGCCCACAUUUGUAACUGAGAAUUUUAAUGAUGAACAUUUACAGAAAAACUCUCCGGUUGUUGUUUUAAUACCAGCAGACCAAUUACUCAAUACACCUGAUAAAAAGGAUGCGCCUUUUUUACGUAAAGCAGAGUGCAAAGAAAUAAAAAGGGUUUUGAAUAAAACCCUGUCUCCUGUUAGCACCCCAGACAGGUUUAGAAAUCCACUGUCGGCGUGCGUUCAAAGUCCACUUCCUGUGAUUGGAAAACUGGAUGAAGAACCCGAGAAACCAUCUUUGUCCAUAAAAGAUGCUCUGGAUGUUAUAGGAUCUGACCUGUCGCGUGCUGUGAGCCCUCCAAAUGCUUGCUCGAGCUUUGAUUUUUCCGACUCUCUUGAGUCUGAGAAGCAUCAUUCAGAUUCGACCUUUAGAGUCACCGUUGAUAUGUCUCCACCACAUGAAGCUAUUCACCCGAGGCUGACUUACUGCGUGAAACCAAACAAAGCCGUAGGUGUUGAAUCAAAUGAUAAUUUCCGACUCAAGAUGAUACCUUUCAGCACCGCCACAGUGACCAAGUUUAAUAAAGUGGAUGACAGCCUGGAUCCUGAUGUUUUGAGCUUCAAGGUUUGUGUUAAUUCCACCACUGUGACCAAAAGCAAAGCAGAAUCCUCUUUCAAGAGUCCGGGUUUGCGUAAGAAGAAAACUUCAAGGCGCAGGCUCCUCGAAAGGACCUUGGAGCUCUCCGAGCCUAGUAAUGCAGAAUCCAACACAAGUUCUCCUGAAACCAUCUCGGCUCUACCGGUCAUAAGUCCUGAUUUAAGUCCAGAUGAAGUGAUGUCAGAGAAGCCAACUGAAUAUUUAUCUCUUCCCGUUGAACAACCUUUGUUGUCUUGCAUUUCGCCCAUACGCUCUGAAGUGUUACCUUGUCUUAGUACUAAUCAGUCAACUAGUCUGGAUUUAUCAACCGAUAAAGGACCUUUGUGUCUUUCUCUGGAUCAGUUUCCUGUCCAAUCCAGGACAUCUGGGCCAAAUAAAAAGAGAAAAAGUGAUGAAUUUUGUAGAGAUCACCCGGAAGACGCGUUGAAUUUCCAAGCUAAAAAGUGCCGUGCACCAUCGCGGGUGAAAGAAACAAAGAAACCCAACCAAGAAAAGACUUUCAGUUUGAAGUCUACCUCAGCAGUAUGUAGUGGACAACCGCAGCAGCAAAAAUCUUCAGCUACAGCAAGCUCAAGAAAGUUCACAAGACCUCAACCGAAGAAAUCCCUUCCAAAAUCAACUCCGAAUGAUGGCCGGUCUGUGAAGUCACUAAGCGGUUCAACUCGAAAGACUGUAAAAGUUGUGGCUGUGGCGCAAGCCAAGCUGACCUUUAUGAAAACAACACAUACAGUCAUACCGAGGCACCCGCUGCCGUUUGCCGCCAAGAAUAUGUUUUACGACGAGCGAUGGAUCGAAAAGCAGGAGAGUGGCUUCACCUGGUGGAUGAAUUACGUUCUUACUCCUGAUGAUUUCAAAGUUGCCACUGAAGUUACCAAGGUGAACGCCUUGUCUUUAACCUUGGGGAAUGAGAAAUUCAACAUACCCAAAGCACCAACAAAAGAGGAGAUGUCUUUUAGGACCUACACAGCCCGUCAACGACUAAACCGCCUUCGGCGAGCAGCUUGCAAGCUUUUUACAUCUGAUACCAUGGUAAAAGCCAUCCAAAGACUGGAACUGGAGGUGGAAGCCAAGAGACUGCUUGUGCGAAAGGACCGACAUCUUUGGAAAGACAUCGGUGAACGUCAGAAGGUUCUCAAUUGGCUUUUGUCGUUCAAUCCACUUUGGCUGCGAAUUGGGCUUGAGACAAUCUUUGGAGAGCUGAUAUCUCUUGAAAGCAACAGUGAUGUUGUAGGACUGGCCAUGUUUAUUCUUGGACGUCUGCUUUGGAACCCAGACAUUGCUGCUGAGUACAGACAUGCUAAAGUGCCAAAUUUGUACAGAGAUGGCCACGAGGAAGCUCUCUCUCGUUUCACCUUAAAGAAACUUCUCCUGCUGGUCUGUUUUCUGGAUAAAGCCAAAGAGUCCAGACUCAUUCAGCAUGAUCCCUGUUUGUUCUGCAUGGAUGCUGAAUUCAAGUCGAGUAAAGAUCUGCUGCUUGCAUUCUCACGAGACUUUCUCAGCGGUGAAGGGAUUUUGUCACGUCACCUCGGUCACCUGGGCUUAGCAGUGUCCCACAUUCAGACUCCUUUGGACGAGUUCAACUUUGCUGUGAAGAAUCUUGCUGUUGACCUGAGAUGUGGCAUUCGUUUGGUGCGUGUUAUGGAGCUCUUCACUCUAGACUGGACUUUGUCUAGAAAGCUCCGGAUACCCGCCAUCAGCCGUCUUCAGAAAGUGCACAACGUCGACGUUGCCCUACAGGUGUUGAAAGACAAAGGGGUUGAUCUUCGAGAUGAACAUGGAGCAACAAUUGACUCCAGAGACAUUGUGGACGGACACAGGGAAAAGACCCUUAACCUCCUGUGGAAAAUCAUCUUUACAUUCCAGGUGGAAGUGUUACUUGAUGAGAACCAGCUUAAAGAGGAAAUCAGUUUUCUCAGGAAAACCUGGAGAACAAAACAAAAGUUGGCCUCAUUAAUCGCUAACAAAGGAGCCGUAGUGACGAAAAUGAAGGCGACGCAAGCCUUCGAACAUCACAGCCAGAAAGUAACGCUGCUACUCGACUGGGUCAAUGCGGUGUGUGAGUUUUACAAUUUAAAGGCUGAGAACUUCACAGUGUCCUUCUCAGAUGGUCGUGUGCUUUGCUACCUGAUCCAUCAUUAUCAUCCUGGUUAUCUACCUAUUGAAAACAUUCAACACAAAACAACACAGACCAUAGAGUGUGGUCAACGCGGCAGAGUUGAGCUCAAUAACUCCUCCAGCGAUUCAGACUGCUCCUUUGACACCAUGCCAUCGAUGCAAGAAUCCGCAUCGGUGGACUUUAAAGAGCUGCUUGAGAAUGAAAAAAGUAACUUUCAGUUGGUGAAUACAGCUGUGUCUUAUCUCGGAGGAGUUCCUGCCAUGAUUAAUCCAGAGGACAUGUCCAACACGAUCCCGAAUGAAAAGGUGGUCACAUGCUACCUGUCCUUUCUUUGUGCGCGUCUCUUGGAUCUCCGUAACGAAACAAGAGCAGCGCGAGUCAUCCAGGGCGCAUGGCGGAGAUACAAGCUACAGAAGGACAUUGAGCUUAAUAGGCAAAAGAAUCUAGCUGCUUCGAAAAUCCAGACGCUCGUUCGGAGGUUUAUUAUGAAAAGGCGCCUAAUUCAACAAAAUAAGGCAGCCAUUGUCAUCCAGGCGUUCUGGAGAAGACACGCAGCACAGGAAAUGCUGAGAGCGCUAAAACAAGAAAGAGAGUUUGCUCUUCAAAAUGCUGCUGCAACUUUAAUUCAGAAAAAGUACAAAGCUUGGAGAAUUCGAGCUCUCAUCAAGAAAAACCAUGCUGCCUCUCUGAUCCAAGCAACUUUUCGAAAGUGGCAUGCCAAAAAGGUUAUGGAAAGAAGCUCUGCUGCCUUACAGAUUCAAACAUGGUACAGAAUGCAGCGUUGUAAUAAACAAUACAUGGAUAUAAAAAGGAAAACCAUCUGUAUUCAAGCUUGGUUGAGAGGCCACCAUCAAAGAUGCAAGUUUCAGACUUUAAAGAAAAGGCAUCGUGCAUCAAUUGUCAUUCAGAGUGCGUUCAGGGCUUACUUGGUCAGGCGACAGAUAUCUAAAAUGGAGCAAAAUGCAGUCUUGAUUCAGAGGUGGUUCAGAGCUUGCGUCCUAAGGAAAGAGGAGCGGAAGAGGUAUUUGGAGGUAAAAUCGGCUGUUCUUCUUGUGCAAGCAGCUUUUCGUGGAUGGAAUGUGCGCAGAACAGUCGCUCAACGAAAUCAAGCUGCACUUCUGAUUCAAACUGCUUUCAGAAGGUUUUUAGCUCGGAAGAACUUUAUGCUUUUGAAAAGAUCAGCCAUAAUUCUACAGCAGAGAUACAGAGCUAAAAUGGUGGGAAACAAGUUAAGACUGGAAUAUAAGGCUCUUAAAGUCGCUUCAGUGACCAUUCAGGCAGCAUGGCGAGGAAGAACUGCGAGAAGGACGGUGAGUCACCUACACAGGUGUGCUGAAAUCAUUCAGUCACACUACCGUCGAUAUGUGGCACAGACGCAGUUUAUGGAGAUGAAAUGUGCUGCUGUUGUCAUUCAAAGAAGAUAUAGAGCAUUCAGAGAGGGAAGGAAAAUAUACGCUGAAUACACUGAAAUGAAGAGAGCGGCCGUUGUGCUUCAGAGUGCUUAUCGUGGCAGAAAAGCAAGACAAGAGAUUCAGAAAAGAAACCAAGCAGCCAUUUUGAUUCAGUCAGUGGUCAGAGCUUACAUUUGCCGUGGUACCUUUUUAGCUCAAAAACAUGCUGGUGUUGUCAUUCAGCAACGCUAUCGGGCAUUUGCACUUGGACAGUCACAUAGAGUCCGCUACUUACGAUUGAAGCAGGCAACCAUAACGCUACAAGCUUUAUAUCGUGGCUUCAAAAUCAGGCAAGAUCUGAAACGAGAAAAUCAAGCUGCAACUAUUAUCCAAGCUCAGUUCCGAAUGCAUAAAGUACGUAUUUCCUUUCUUGCCGCAAAAUUUGCAGCUAUCAUUAUACAGCAGCGAUACAGAGCUUACAAAACUGGCAAAUCCAUGCGAGAUAGCUACUUGCAGAUGAAAAAUGCUGCUGUUGUUAUUCAGUCCGCAUCCAGGGGAAUGAAAGUCCGCAAGAAUUUGCGAGAAAUGCACCAAGCUGCGACAGUGAUUCAGGCGCAUUUCCGUGGACAUUUGCAACUCAAACAGUACCAGAAACAACAGUGGGCUGCAUCAGUUUUACAGCAGCGAUACAAAGCUUACAAAACUGGCAAAUCCAUGCGAGAUAGCUACUUGCAGAUGAAAAAUGCUGCUGUUGUUAUUCAGUCAGCAUUCAUGGGAAUGAAAGUCCGCAAACGUUUGCGAGAAAUGCACCAAGCUGCGACAGUGAUUCAGGCGCAUUUCCGUGGACAUUUGCAACUCAAACAUUACCAGAAACAACAGUGGGCUGCAUCAGUUUUACAACAAGGAUACAGAGCUUACAAAACUGGCAUAUCCAUGCGAGAUAGCUACUUGCAGAUGAAAAAUGCUGCUGUUGUUAUUCAGUCAGCAUUCAGAGGAAUGAAAGUCCGCAAAUGUUUGCAAGAAAUGCACCAAGCUGCGACAGUGAUUCAGGCGCAUUUCCGUGGACAUUUGCAACUCAAACAGUACCAGAAACAAAUGUGGGCUGCGUCAGUUUUACAGCAACGAUUCAGAGCUUACAAAACUGGCAAAUCCAUGCGAGAUAGCUACUUGCAGAUGAAAAAUGCAGCUGUUGUUAUUCAGUCAGCAUUCAGAGGAAUGAAAGUCCGCAAAUGUUUGCAAGAAAUGCACCAAGCUGCGACCGUGAUUCAGGCACAUUUCCGUGGACAUUUGCAACUCAAACAGUACCAGAAACAACAGUGGGCUGCAUCAGUUUUACAGCAGCGAUACAAAGCUUGCAAAACUGGCAAAUCCAUGCGAGAUAGCUACUUGCAGAUGAAAAAUGCUGCUGUUGUUAUUCAGUCCGCAUCCAGGGGAAUGAAAGUCCGCAAACAUUUGCAAGAAAUGCACCAAGCUGCGACAGUGAUUCAGGCGCAUUUUCGUGGACAUUUGCAACUCAAACAUUACCAGAAACAACAGUGGGCUGCGUCAAAUUUACAGCAACGAUUCAGAGCUUACAAAACUGGCAAAUCUAUCCGAGAUAGCUACUUGCAGAUGAAAAAUGCUGCUGUUGUUAUUCAGUCAGCAUUCAGAGGAAUGAAAAUCCGCAAAUGUUUGCAAGAAAUGCACCAAGCUGCGACAGUGAUUCAGGCGCAUUUCCGUGGACAUUUGCAACUCAAACAGUACCAGAAACAACAGUGGGCUGCAUCAGUUUUACAGCAGCGAUACAAAGCUUACAAAACUGGCAAAUCCAUGCGAGAUAGCUACUUGCAGAUGAAAAAUGCUGCUGUUGUUAUUCAGUCCGCAUCCAGGGGAAUGAAAGUCCGCAAACAUUUGCGAGAAAUGCACCAAGCUGCGACAGUGAUUCAGGCGCAUUUCCGUGGACAUUUGCAACUCAAACAGUACCAGAAACAACAGUGGGCUGCAUUAGUUUUACAACAGCGAUUCAGAGCAAUUGUAACAAAAAAUGCUACCGUGAAGCAGUAUGUAGCUCUGAAAACAUCUGCCCUACGGAUCCAGUCAGCUUUCCGUGGAAUGAUGGUCAGAAAGCAGAUCGCAGAAAAAAACAAAUCUGCUGUAAUUAUCCAGAAGACAUACAGAAUGUACAAGCAACGCCUUGAUUACCUUUCCCUUAGAAAUGCAACUUUGUGUAUUCAGCAAGAGUACAGAGCAAUUUUAAGUGCAAGGCAACAGCGUAAAGCUUACUGCUCCUUGCGAACAGCUGCCAUCACUUUGCAGUCCAUGUACCGAGGGAUGAGAACAAGAAAAGAGAUCCACAAAAGACACGAAGCAGCCACUGUGAUUCAGGCAUCAUACAGAAUGUAUAGGACCAGAGUGCCAUUCCAAGCCAUGAGACUGGCAGCAAUUGUCAUACAGAGACAAUACAGGUGCCAUCUACUGAGAAAAGAGGCACGGGAGAACUUUUUAAGGCUGCGGCAAAGUGCAACAGCAAUUCAGGCCAUUUACAGGGGAAAUUGUACACGUCGUAAUAUUGCCAAAAUGCAUGCUGCUGCCACAAUCAUUCAAAGGAAGUUCCUUGCCUACAAAGCAAGGCAGCGCUUUUUGUCCAUCCAAGCAGCUGUUCAAUUCUGUCAAGGACACUAUCGAUCAGUUUUGGCUGCAAGGAGAGAUCGGAAAGAUUAUCUUGUUAAAUGCCACGCUGUUCUUGUAAUUCAAUCAGGUUUCAGAGGAUUGCAGGUCCGCCAGCAGAUCCGCAAAGAGCAUGCAGCUGCAACAAUCAUUCAGUCUCAUGUGAGAAAGUGCAUUUUCAAGUUGCGCUUCCAGAGAGUUCAGUGGGCAGUCAAUACUAUACAGCGACAUUUCAGAGCUAAUAAAAUUAUGAGGCAAGAGAUGGCAGCACUAAAAGAAAAGAAGAAUGCUGCUGUGAUUAUUCAGUCAGCAUUCAGGGGAAUGAAAGUCCGCAACCAUUUGCGAGAAAUGCACCAAGCUGCGACAGUGAUUCAGGCGCAUUUACGUGGACAUUUACAACUCAGACAGUACCAGAAACAGCAGUGGGCUGCAUCAGUUUUACAGCAGCGAUUCAGAACGAUCGUAACAAAAAGGCAAGAGAUGGCAGCUCUGAAAGAAAAGAAUAAGGCUGCUGUGAUUCUUCAAGCUGCGUAUCGUGGCAUGAAGUCCAGACAGACUUUGAAGCAAAUGCAUCAGGCUGCCACCAUCAUUCAAACAACUUUCAGAGCUUGCAGUGCUCGUAAGCGCUUUUUAGCCAUGAAAUAUGCUGCCAUUGCCAUUCAACAAAGAUUCCGUGCAGCAAAUGCAGCAAAAAUGCGGAGAAAGCAUUUUCUUGAAAUGCGUCAAGGUGCCCUUAUUCUUCAAGCAUGCUUUAGAGGCCAUAAAGUUAGGAGGACACUUCUACGUCAGUCCCACGCAGCUAUCUUGAUUCAGUCAUACUUUAGGAGACACAGAGAGAUGGUUAAGUUUCAGGCCAUGAGGUUGUCUGCAAUCAUUAUCCAGAGCCAUUACAGGUCAUAUAUUCAGACUAAAGCCAAUCGGGAAAGCUUUCUAUGUUUGCGAAAAUCUGCCAUAGUCAUUCAGGCAACUUUUAGAGGACACUCUGUCAGGAGGCAGUUAGCAGAAAAGCAAAAGGCAAUCAUCAUUAUACAGGCUGUGUACAGAAUGCAUCAGCAAAGAAAUGCAUUUAAGAGACAGCUGUGGGCAGCAAGGGUUCUUCAGCAGAGGUUCAGAGCCUUAAAGCUCCGGGAUGAGCAAGUGCAGAGAUACCAGCAGGCUAAGAAGGCUGCACUAUGCCUGCAACAGUCCUUCAGAGGCAUGAAAGCAAGAAAACUUGCCAGGCGGACGAAUGCUGCCAGAACCAUCCAGUCCUACCUAAGGAUGCAUCUACAACGACAACAGUUUUUGAAAGAAAAAGCUGCAGCAAUUGUAAUCCAGUCUGCCUACAGAGGCUACUGCACUAGAAUUCAGCAUGCUAAGAUGCAAGAAAGUGCAAUGCUAAUACAAAAGUGGUAUAGAUCACAAAAACUGGUCCAGGAUCAGCGGAAUGGCUUCUUGGCUCUUAGGCAUGCCACACUAACCUUGCAGUCUGCCCUGCGUGGAAUGCUGGCGAGGAGGCUUGCUAAGAGAAAACGGGCCGCAAUCAAAAUCCAGUCUGUGUUGCGUAUGCAAGUAUACCGCAAACGCUAUAUGGUGCUCCGCUCAAGUGUUGUGAAGUUGCAAGCCCAAUACAGAAUGUUAGCGGCCCAAAGAAGAUACCGCAGAUUGCAGGCUGCAGCUGUUACUCUCCAAAAACAUUACAGAGCUCAGAGGGCAAAAACAGAGCAGAGAUGUAGUUACCUGAAGACCCUCCAAAGCAUAAAAAUCCUUCAGGCCAGAAUACGUGGACAGUUUGAAUACAGAAGAUUUCAGCGAAUGAGGGCAAGCGCCAUAACAAUUCAGGCACAUUAUCGAGGAAUGCUUGAGAGACGCAAGUUCCAGCUACUCAAGGAAUCUGUAUGUGUUAUACAGAUGCAUUACAGGGCCUUUCGACUUUGCCAGAAAGAGCGUGCCCAGUUUCUUCAACUGCGAUGGUCUGCUGUUGUUAUCCAAACCGCAUUUCGGGCUUAUCAAACAAGACAACAUGCUAUACAAACACAGGCUGCCUGUAAAAUUCAAGCUUGGUUCCGGGGAUGCCUAGCUAGACGAAACUACACCUUAAAACGGGCUGCUAUUGCAACCAUUAAUCGAUGCGUUCAGGCAAGACGCCAACGUUUAAGAUUUCAGGCAGUCCAGCGCAGUGUCCGAAUCAUUCAGCAAAGAUGGAGGGAAACUCUGAUCGCCAGGAAACAGCGAUCUGACUUCAUGAAGUUCAGAAAGUCUGUUAUAUGUAUCCAGGCGUUAUGGAGAGGUGUGCAAGUGAGAGGUUCCAUUCAGAAGGAAAUCAAAGCAGCAGUGACGAUACAAUCAGCAUUCAGGAGCUUUUCCCAAAGACGUCAAUAUAAACAGCAGAGAGCUGCUGCCGUCACUUUACAGCGACAUUUCCGAGCCCUGCAGCUGGCUAGAGCUGAAAAGGAAAAUCUAAGGAAGCGAUGCGACGCUGCUGUCUGUCUUCAGGCUGCGUGUCGUGGUUGGCUCGCAAGACGACGGAUUAAAGAAGUGGUUGCUGCUGCGAGACGUCACCGCUUCACCGCUGCUGUUUACCAUCAUCUCUGUGCAAUAAGGAUUCAGAGGGCUGUACGUGCACACUGGACCCUUAAAGUAGCCAAGAGGCAGAUCUCUUUGGUCCUUUACAUCCAGCAAUGUUUUAGGGCAAAUCUGCAGAGGAAAAGAUAUCUUAAAGAUAGACAAGACAUCAUCAAGACACAGAGAGCAGUGAGAACCUGGUUAAAUCGCCGCAACCAAGCUGCCGUCACUAUCCAGCAUGCUGUCAAGAAGUUCCUUCUGAAGUGUCGGAAGGAGAAACUGCAGCGUGGAAUAAUAAAGACACAGGCACUCUGGAGAGGACAUCGUUCAAGAAAACUUCACGACACAAGCAAAGUCAUUUCCAUCAGGCGACGUUUCAGAGAAAUAAAUCGAAACGUAAAGGAAGAGGACAAGCUGUGUAACAAGACCACCACGGCGCUGAGCUACCUGCUCGGAUACCAAAAUUACGCAUACAUUCUUGCAGCCUUACAACAUUUGGAAACCGCCACCAGACUUUCACCAGAGUGCUGUGAACGGCUUGUUGAAAGCGGAGCGACGCGCACCAUCUUUACUCUGAUAAGGAACUGUAACAGAAGUGUGCCUUCAAUGGAGACCAUCACCUUAUCCAUUCAAGUCCUUCUCAACUUAUCCAAAUACAACAGAACCAUUGAUGCCGUUUAUGCUGUGGAGGACUCUGUAGAAACACUGCUGUAUCUCCUGCAGAUCUACCGGGAGAAGGCUGGAGAUAAAGUGGCAGAAAAAGGCGGUAGCAUCUUUACCAAGGCCUGUUUCCUCUUGGUUUUGUUAGUCCAAGAUGAGAGGAGAGCAAUGGAGGUGCGAAAUCUGCCCAACACUUCAGAUCGUAUUCGCAGCAUCUGUCGGCUCACACUUCGAAAAUGCAAAAUGGACGCCGAGAGAACCAAGGUCAAACAGAAAAUGAAUGCCUCUCUAAAUGGAAGUUUCCUUCCACAAGCUACUCCUCGCAAAUCCAAACCAGUAGCCAGGUUUGCUCCAGAUUGGGUGCUGAGGCGUGACAAAAUGAAGGACAUUGUAGAUCCUCUCCGUGCCAUCCAGACAUUGGCGAAUGCUCUGUCUAUAGUGCCUUAAAAUAUUCGCAUCAGAAAAAACAAAACUGUGUGCUUGUGAGUCUUUUACUUUUGCUUGAACUUGUUUACCAUGUACAUAUUUUGUAUCUUUUCUUUUGUAAGGUGUAUAUAAUUUUAAUACUUUUCCUGUGGAUAAUUGUUUUAUUACCGCAUAUAUAAUCUCUGUGGAGGUCUCAAUGUAACUUUAAAAUGCUGUAAAUAUAUUGGUGCUGAAGUUUGAAAUUGAUUUAAUUUUUUAUGUGCUGUAAUUGAACAUUAAAAAAUAGUGCCACAACUUUGUCCAAAAUA